UAAUCGUGAGAUUAUGAUAAAAGUAAGCUCGUAUGUUUCAGUAUACGUUGUGAAUUACAAAUGUCAAAACUCGCGUCGCAUUGUUCUUUGUGUUAAUUUAAAUCUACUUAUCUUGAUUAUCAUUGUAUCAAUUAUCAUUGUUCAAUGCCAUAUCAAAUAAUCUACACAUGCUUAUCUUCUGUUUUGUUACGAAAAUAAAGGUUUCACACCUCUGGUGAAACAGAAGAAAAAACUGAACAAGAAAUAUGUUUACUUUGGCAAGCCGCACCUGUGUAAGUUUUAUUAAUUGUUGUUUCUUCAAUAGCAAUCUCCUCGGCGUCAUAAUGUACUUUGUUACGGCAGUGAUUUAUAAAAUGGUGUGAAAUUCUCGGACAAAAGAAUGCCGCUUCAGUUUUGAUGAAAGCACAUGUGUGCAGGUAUUGAUGUUAAAAUUUUGAUUUGCAUGCAUUAUAGAGCGCCCAGAGGUUUGUAGAGGGCCGUGACUUAGUUUUACGUUCGUCAUCACUUGGAAUAAACAUCAAUCAGACCGAAAGGCACAACGCUGGAUGAUUAUUAUACAGUUUGUAUACACCACAUACUGGACAUAUUAAUCAUAUAGAAAUAUGUGCAUUUCUUGUAAUUGCUUCUCAGUGAAACAGAAGCAUCUGGAAAAGUCAUUUUUGUGCUAAAGUUAACAUGCGACAAACAUUUCCAUGGGAAAACGCGGAACAAUGAAAUGAAUAUGCUGCGCGAUACGUGCGGAUUUUUGUUGAUAUUGAAAUGAACAACGAAAUAACGAUAAACACGCAUUUUUGAAACAUACUUUUUACCACACACACACGUUUGAAAAGUUCGGAUAAUUACUAAAGGGACUGUUUUCUAAAUGCACAUGUGCGUCUAAUUUAUCGAGCGUGCACGUGAUGUCUCGAGCGCUUUUCCCCGGACGACCUGUGAACAUGGACCUGCUGUACCGCUGUGUUUUCCUCGCCACUGUAUUUGCCCCCGUCCGCGGGAUCGAUUAUUACGACGGCAUGGGCUACGUUAGCGACCUCAGCGACUGGGGGUUGCUUGGGGGACGCGCGCACCAGCCCAAGUGCGUUGACAUCCCCGAAACAAUGACCCUGUGUAAGGACAUCGGCUACCAGACCAUGCGCCUGCCCAAUCUACUGGGCCACGAGUCCGAGUCCGAGGCGGCGGACCAGGCCCGCGUAUGGGUACCGCUUCUCAACCUUCACUGCCACCCGGACACGAGGCUGUUCCUGUGCUCGCUUUACUCGCCCGUGUGUCUCGAGCCAUCGGUGUAUCCCUGCAAGUCCCUCUGCAGUGGCGUUAAACGGGGCUGCGAGGAGAGGAUCAACAAUUACGGCUACCCCUGGCCGGAAAUACUCAACUGUGACAAGUUUCCUGACGAACUCUGCAUCGAACAGGUGAACUUCGAAAACGGGAACGGAGCGAACAGUAGCGCUGCUGCAAAUGUGUGUCACGCUUGCAAGCAGCCCAUGACGUUUGAGAGUCUUCUGGACAGCUACUGCUGGGCCAGCUUCGUAAUUCGCGUGCGAAUCAAGAAGGGUGUCGAUAACGAGCUAGGCGACAAAAAACUGGUGACCGCGGGCAAGGUAACGUUCUACAAACCUAACAACGUGUCCAAGGAGGAGAUGAAAAGCCUAGAGCUGAGCAUCACAGACGGCGCCAGCUGCGAAUGCAAUGCGGUCUCAAACGCCGGCAAGAAGUCCCUGGUAAUGGGCUCCAGACAGGGCAGCCGCUGGGUUGUCACCUACAUCAGCGACUGGUCCAAGGAUAAAGAGUUCUCGAAGGCCCUGCGCGCCAUCCGCAAAGGGCACGACUGCAAGAAGCAGAUAGAAAAGGAGAUAGGCGGUCAAAAUGAAGUCAUGAACGGUGGGCUAAGCAUCAGCAGCAAACCACCUUCCGGUACCGUCGGCUCGAACGUCGAUGUCACGGUGAGCGGCGGCAAAGGUUCGUUUGAGAUACCAGAUAUAAAUGAGGAUAAGAACAAAGAAGAUAACACGAACAAGAAAGGGAAGGGGAAGGGAAACAAAAAGAAAAAGGGAAAAGGCAAAGACAAAGGCAACAAUAAAGGAAAGGGAAAGGGAAGAAAGGGAAACAACAAAGACAAAACACAGAAGGAAGAUGAUCCAAUGACCGAUAUUGUUGGAUUCGGUUGUCUGCCGUGUAAGCAACCCCUGGUGUUUGAAAACCUUAUAGAAAAAUAUUGCGCUUCUAAAUUUGUCUUAAAAUUAACCGUAAGACGGUUAAAGAUGGACGCAAACGGCGACAAGAGAAUUCAACCUAAUAAAGUGAACCCAGAAGAGUUUUUGAAGAAGGAGGGGCUGUCCCCGCGAGACAUAAGGAAUAUACAACCCGUGAUAGCGGGCGGGUCGGGCUGUGACUGUCUCCAAGCGAAGCCCAAAAAUGUCCUGUUUAUAAUGGGGAAGAAAGAAGGCGGUCGCGAUGUUGUGACGUUCGUUAGUGAGAUGGUUAAAGAUAGUGAAUUUAAACGAUUUACGAAGGCCAUUCAGAGUGGUUACGAUUGUUCCAACGUUGUGCAAACAAACUAAUCAAACAAUAAGUAUUAGUGUAAAGAAAAAACGCUUCUUUGGUAAUGUUUCCAAGUGUAUAUAAUGGAAAAGGGAUGUUCGGACCUACGGACGCAUUGAGACGUGUGUAAGAAAGUGCCGUAGCUAAGAGACGGGGAUGAAAGGCGGUCCAUUCUGCAUGGAAAGCUGAUGAGUGCUAAGACGCUCUUGGUUUCAUUCUUUAUCGGAUUAAUACACACAGACACACCAUUUUAAUUGUUUUUUAGAGAAGUUUUUCGUUAUUGAUCUGAAUUGUGUUAUUUAAUUUUUAUAUAAUUAUAUUUCUUUUUUCGUGAGACAUUUUAUUUGUACAUAAUGGUCGAAUAGAAUACAUUUUUAAUAUUUUAAUAUUCGAAAUGCAUUCAGCCGUUUAAGUUCGGUAUUUAAUUUCUGUAUAGAAACACUGGGUAUGUUAUGUUUUGUUCACAUUUGCAGAAGUCUGAAAAUGAGCUGCAAAUGUAACACUAAACUGCGCGACAUUCUCUAAAUUUACUUUAAGGCUCGCGGUAAUAGUUAUUAUUUCUUGGUCUAGUUUACUAUUUUAUGGCUAUGUAAACUGCACAUUUCAUGUUGAAAUAAAUCUAUGUAGCGUUUGCGAGUAGGCUUUUAUAGAAUAUAGCCGUCAAUUAAAUUGAGCAUGAAUAUUGAUUUUAAUCUAUUGCAUGUCUUUCGUGUGGUAAAGCAAUUAUAUUAUAAACAUUCGAAUAAAGUGUUUUAUGUUAAA